CUGUCCGCUCAGAGGCGCCUGGAGCCGCCGGGCCUGCGUGAGCACAGCGUCUUGAGCCGAGACAGACGCUGUGUCCCCUUCUGCUCUCUGACCCUUCGGCCCCAUGAGGAAAACCAACAUGUGGUUCUUGGACCGGCUCCGCGGGUCAGGGGAGGAUGGCUCCCGCGCUGCGGGGGGCGAGGCAGGGGAUAAGGCCGCCAAGGGCCCCCUAUACAGCAAUGUGCUGACUCCCGACAAGAUCCCGGACUUCUUCAUUCCCCCUAAGCUGCCCUCGGGCCCCGCAGAAGCUGAGGGACCGGCUGAGUUGGGUCCGUCCCCAUCCGAGCAGAAUCUGGCCGCGUCCCCCCGCCGCAGCCCCCGCAGCCCCCGGCUGCCCGCGAAACUGGCUGCGGAGAGCAGGAGCCUGCUGAAGGCAGCCACGCGACAUGUCAUCCAGAUUGAGAGUGCCGAGGACUGGCCAGCGGACGAGGCCCCGGACUCCAUGUCCCUGCCUUCGGUGCCUAAGGCCCAGACAUCCUAUGGCUUCGCCACGCUGGCUGAGAGCCCCCACACGCGGCGCAAGGAGUCCCUGUUCCACAGUGAGCACGGGGCCCUGGCCCAGGUGGGCUCCCCAGGAGCAGGGCGCCGGCGGGCUGGUGCCAGGGCCAACGGGGCGGAGGGGGGGCCCAAGGAGGCUGGAGGGGGCCUGAUGAGCCCCGGCCGCUACUUCAGUGGCGGGGAGAGUGACACGGGCUCCUCAGCCGAGUCCUCCCCAUUUGGGUCUCCUCUGCUGUCGCGCUCUGUGUCCCUGCUCAAAGGCUUUGCGCAGGAUGGCCAGGCCAAGGUGAGCCAGCUAAAGCACUCAGUGGGCCGCCACGGCUCUCUUUCGGCUGACGACAGCACUCCCGACACCAGCCCCGGUGUCCGCCGCCGCCUGAACCGCCGGCCCACCCCGGAACCGGGCCCAGAGGCUGGCGCGGCACCCCGAGGGGAGCACACGGUGCACGUGGGGCCCCGGGGCAGCGUGCGCCUGCUGGCCGAGUACGAGGCAGCCCAGGCCCGGCUCCGCGUGCGCCUGCUGGUGGCAGAGGGUCUGUACGAGCGGACCUGGGAUGCCCGCAGCAUCAACUGCUGCGUGGGCCUGUGUCUGGUGCCUGGCAAGCUUCAGAAGCAGCGCAGCACCAUCAUCAAGAAUAGCCGCCACCCGGUCUUCAACGAGGACUUCUUCUUCGAUGGCCUGGGGCCAGCUAGCGUGCGCAAGCUUUCCCUCCGCAUCAAGGUGGUGAAUAAGGGCAGCAGCCUGAAGCGGGACACACUGCUUGGGGAGAAGGAGCUGCCCCUCACCUCGCUGCUGCCAUUCCUGUGA